GCGGUGGAGUCUAUCCACCUUGUCACUCAUACAAGUGGUGCAUUUCCUGGAUGAGAAAAUGCGAUGAGAAAUGAAUGGAUAUGAUCCAAAAGGGCUGUGGGCUUUUUAACGGGGUCUACGUGGACAUGCUUUGCCCAGAAAGUGUGGCUCUUUUUCACUGCCAACAUGGAGGUAGCAGCAACACCGGCAAUUGGAAGCAGUGCCAGGCUCCGAAAUGUUCCUCCACACUCGAUCAGUGGUCGGACGAGGAGAAGGAGCUGUGUGAUCUGUCGGGUCGCUACAGCUCCGCUCAGAAUCAAGUCGGGUCUCAAUGGCUCUGCCACUGCUUUCCCCUCGACCGAAGCACUCGAGGAGCUGGACUUGGAGCGAGGAGCUUGCAAUCUCUUGAGAAAGUACACACCGGAACUGGUUCGCCAAAGAGUGCUUGAGUCGAGGGAGUCAUUCGCCUCCGUUGUUGGGCGAUGCGUGGAGAUCAUAUGGAGGCUCGGACUGUACUGGGCGAGCCUUUCCUACGAUUGUCUGGUUGGAAGAGACGACGAAAUGGUCCCCCUUCGUGCUGCACAGCUCAGGACUUUGCUCUGCGAUCUAGGACCCUCGUUUGUAAAGGCUGGACAGGUUCUUGCGAACAGGCCCGAUAUCGUUCGACAGGAUUACAUGAACGAGUUGUGCACACUCCAGGAUGACGUUCCAUCGUUCCCAAACCAGAUUGCAUUCAGCAUCAUCGAGAGCGACCUUAACAUGCCUCUGGAGAAAGCUUUCCGGAAAAUCUCGGCACAGCCAGUUGCCGCAGCUAGCCUUGGUCAAGUAUACCGAGCAACGCUUCUUUCUGGAGAGGAAGUCGCCGUCAAGGUCCAGAGACCUGGCAUCGAGCCUAUAAUCUACAGAGAUUUGUUUCUGUUUAGAACCCUUGCAUCUUUCUUGAACGGCAUCAGCACAAAGAAGCUUGGAUGUAAUGCUGAGUUGAUUGUCGACGAGUUUGGAGAGAAGCUGCUAGAAGAGCUCGACUACACUCUUGAAGCACGAAACCUUGAGGACUUCUACAAGAACUUUAAGAAUGAUCCGACCGUGAAGAUCCCUCUCGUGUACAAGAGCUUCUCCGGCUCUCGUGUUUUGGUGAUGGAGUGGAUUGACGGAAUUCGCUGCACUGAUCCUCAGGCUAUAACUGAUGCUGGUAUCAACGUGCCAGCCUUUAUCACUGUUGGUGUGAGCGCAGCUCUAAGGCAGCUUCUUGAGUUUGGUCUUUUUCAUGGCGAUCCUCACCCUGGAAACAUUUUUGCAAUGCGUGAUGGCCGCAUUGCUUACGUUGAUUUUGGCAAUGUAGCACAGCUCACACAGAGAAAUAAGCAAAUUCUCAUUGAUGCGGUCGUUCACGCCGUUAACGAAGACUACGUGGAAAUGGCCAACGAUUUCUCUAGACUUGGAUUUCUUGCACCGGGAACGGACAUAACUCCUAUUGUUCCAGCUCUGGAGGCGAUCUGGGGAAACUCAAUGGGGAAGGGUCUCGCGGAUUUUAACUUCCGCAUUGUUACAAAACAAUUCAAUGAGCUUGUGUACCAGUAUCCUAUUCGUAUACCUGAGAAGUAUUCGCUAGUCAUCCGCUCGCUACUAACACAGGAAGGAAUUUGUUUGACGCUCCAGCCAGAUUUUAAGUUUCUCGAGGUAGCUUAUCCAUACGUAGCAAAGAGACUCUUGACUGAUCCCGAGCCAUACCUGCGGGAGAGAUUGCUGCAAGUGCUGUUCAAGGAUGGCAUGUUUCAGUGGAAUCGGCUGGAGAACUUGAUCAUGCUUGCCAGAGAGCAAGUAGCGAUGAUGAGUCGCAACCCCAGCGUCCGAAGUCAAAAGUCUGCCACGGCUUCUCAAGGCCAGGUUCCCAAGCUCGAUCUCACAGACACCAUCAAAGACGGUGUGAGAGUUGUCAUCACCGAUCCCGAAAUCCGGCGCCAGCUCCUAUUGGCUUUCACCGAGGACUCGAGGCUUCAUGUUGACGAAGUUCUGGACGUCUACCGGCUGGUCGAGAAAGAUUUGGAUCCAGCUGCAUUGGCUCUCGAUGUCUUGCAAGGAAUCCCUGCGGCUGCUCGGGAUUUCGUCCUGUCUUGGAGCAAUGCAGUGCUUGCGGAUCAGUGAAAGCAAGAGAAGAGGAUAGAGCCUGUUAUGUAAUUUUCCAGUAAAUAGAGGGGGGUUUUUGUUA